AUGACCUCCCUAUCGUCGAGUACGAGCUCAUCGCCUGAUGUCCUCGGCCCCGAAGGAGACGCGCUGUACCUCAUCUCGUCACCAGCGCCCGAAUUUACGGGUCGCCAAAGUUGGGUUCCGUCGUAUACCUUCUACACUCCACGGAGGAAGCAAGAGCGGCUGCCUAAACCAACCCCAAAUCAAAGCGCCCACACCAUGCGCUUCAAUGACAUCGUACUACCGUCAAGUCCACGCAUGCGACAGCGGUCGGCAUCUCCAACAAAAAUGCAGUCCGAGGGUAAUCUCAGUCCGUGGAGGAUCCGGGUGACAGUGGAGGCCGAGCAGGAAGAUGACGAGCAUACUCAAGACGGACCCCGAAAAAGACUGAAACCUUCCACUGCUACCACUACCAAGGUACCGCUGAAAGACGAAGAAAGCAACUCACCGUCAGCAAAGAGACGAAGGGGUCGGCCGCGGAAGUCGGAUGUGCAAAGCACAAGUCCGAUUAAAGGAAGCCCUGGACGUACUCCAAAGCUUCAAGCGCCAGAUUCUACAAAACGGCCGCGUGGCCGCCCUCGGAAGAGUCUCCAACUACAAGAAGUUGCGCAGAGCAUAGAGGUGGCUGGGACUUUUGCGACGAGCAAGAAAACACGAUUAGAUACCUUCGACGGCGCCCUUGACAGACGGUCGCCUUCGCCAUUCAUGACCGCUGACAUGCAGAAAUCACCUUCCGACACAUAUUCCGACCCUGAUCCUUUCCUUGAUAUCGCUGGCACGGGAGCCUUUUCACCGUCACCACAGCACGUUACUCCCAACCGUUCCUCCUCGCGAGUCGUUUCUGAUAUGGCUGAUCCUGGACGUGAAAACCCUGCACGUGUUGUUGCGGGAACUCAACAGACGACUCCACAAGGGACCGCGUCUCCUCCACGAAAGGCUCGGGGGAUAUCUCCCGAGAACACUUUACAUGCGGGCCACACUCCUCGGCGACGCAGGAGCUAUCCAACCCCUACAUCAUCAUCACUCGUUGACGAGAAUGGUGGAAAGUCAACAAUACCAGUAAAGCAGAAUGAUGGUGUUCAACUAUUUGCAGACCCAACUGAUGUGCAUCACGAGUACGAUACCAUAAUGGAAAGCGAGGAUUUCAGCAUGGUGUCACUAGAUACUCUUCCAUCGGCAAAACAAGCCGGUUUUAGUUCUACACUUAGCUCUGCAAAGGCUACUGUCAAACCAUUUGUUGAGAGGCAAAAUGCGUCUUCUUCCGUUCAGUCUAAGACAAGGGCGUCAAAGUCCCCUCGGGAAACAGCCAGUCACGCUACUGAAUCAUUAACCUCGACACCACAUUCGAAGUCCAUGCAGCUGCAAAGUAGCUAUGAUCCAUCUAUUGAUCAAGUCGUGCCUGUUGCUCUCAACACGACCACCACAGGCAUUGCAAAAUUUGAGGUGCCAGUAAAAGAAAGGAAAUUACUUAGUCUUGCUCGACUGGUCCGGCUUGGCCUCAGUCUUCGUGGCGCCCUGCACUACGAACAAAGUGGAGAUAUCGAAGAUAUUGAUGAGGAAAAAGAAGAAAUAGCGAAUGCCCGAGACAGAUUAGAAGACCUUUUUGACGAUUUCGAUGCAGACUCUCGGCGCCAACUUCGAGCUGGGCUUAGAUUCGGCGAACUUGUUGCUCGUGGUGAGAUGGAAGCGAAAAGACUACUACACAGAGAGGAGGAGAGAUAUUCAAAAUUGGGUCGCGAGAGAUAUGACAGUGAAGAAGAGGAGGAGGAAGAAGAAGAAGAAGAAGAACCUGUCGAAAGUCCACAACAAAAGUCUUACCGGGAGCCAUCAGUCGAACAGCGACUUUCCAAGAGCCAGCAAGCAGAAGCGGAGUGGCAACGUGAGCGCGAACGUGUAAGCCGUCAGAUCGAAGAGGCAGAGCCUGGUAGGGUUAUCGUGCUUGAAAGCGAUGAAGAUGUCUCUCAGCAGAGCGAAGGUGAUAUUCCAGAGUAUGUUUCUGACGUAGAAAGUGAGGAUGAAGACUUCGGGGAUGUCUGGCAAGAGGAGGCUAGGAAUCAUGACUCUAGUUUUGAUAGACAUCGGACACUGAAAACAUCACCAAGCGUGAAAAGAAACAAUGCCGGUGAACAUGCAGAACAAGGUAGCCGGCAAACAGACUACGUACAGCGCGUACACCACUAUGAAUGGAAUCCAUCUCGAGGCGAAAUCCCGCCGCUUGGAAGGUCUAGGAUGGCACAACUACGGGACGAGGAGGUUGAUUUAUCGCUUUUAUUGAAACCUCGCGACACACCGAAAUCACGUCAGUACUACUCAAAUAGCAGCCCUCGCACAGCACUUAGUCAGACAUCACAUUCUAGCAGGAGUCUCAGGCAUGGUGGACCUCUUCCUGAUGCGUCAUCACCAGCUCGACCAUCUCUACUGCGCGGUCGCCGCGUGCAUGAUGAGCGUGAAGAAAGUUUCUCUUCAGACGUCGUGGAAAACAACAAAGUCUAUCAAGAGGACAGCAUGGCUGAGGAAGAGGAAGAAGAUGAUGAGCCAGACGAGGAUGAAGAAGAGGAAGGAGAGGAAGGAGAGGAGCGGGAGGAGGACGAAGAAGAAGAAGAGGAGGAGGAGGAGGAGGAGGAGGAGGAGUAUAGUUUAGACGGGACAGAGACUACGCCCAACAAGGCAUUUUCCUUUCACCAAUCUGUUACUGCCAGUUCAACGCCCGGACACCCGAUGUCCGGUCCGAAACAGUCAUGGUUUCGACGAAUUACGAACAAUUUCACGCCGGACUGGUGGACUACAUCGAAGAAAGGGCAUAUCGACGGAACGGAUGUGCCAUUAGAUGAGUCUCAAAGCCCACCAUUCGUGGCGAACUCAAGUGAACGGCACUCUUCUGUCAGCGAAGAGAUGCCAAGUCUGAAACGUUCUCGCUCGUUUGUAGAAACAGGAGCAGCUGAGGAGACGAAGCAGACAUCACCAGCACAUAGCGCGCAACCACGCAGCAAGAAGCAGCGAUCAUCGUCUUCCUUCUCCUCCUCUGCAGUCGCGCUGGCGACAUCUGGCUAUUUUACAGACGCUCAUUACGUUGCUUUGAAGAAGCUCUACUGGCAGGCCAAGCGAUACCCGGAACGAUUCCCUUAUCACUCGACCAAACGACGGGACGAGAUGCUUGGCGAUUCGCUCUGGACGUCCGACGGCGAGCGCGGACUGCCUAUUGCCCAAAUCCAAUUUGGAAUCCUAGACCGGUUUGUAUCUGACUUGACCAGGGCUGAUUUACGGAACGGCGGACGCGGAGAGGUUGGAUGGUCGGAAGAUGACUUACACAAGCGGCUGUUCAGCAUUAUUGUGGGCGAGGAGAUUCGGAGAGAGCGACGGGAGCAGAGGCUGAUGGACGGGGCUGUGUGA